AUGGGAUUGCGGCGGCUUCUUCGUGGAGCUACUGAUUUAUGUGUUGAUAUUGAAAGUCGUGAAAUUGACGUACGGUUAAUGAAUGUGUUAACCGCACACUCAAGUAUUGGAUCUGAAUGUGAGGUGCCGAAACUGACUGUCGCACAGAAGAAUAAGGCCAUCUUCAUUUCAACCAUGACAAUCAUUCUCCGUCACAAGAUCCAUCUUGUGAAUAAGCGUGCGACUUUUCUUGUGAUCUCGCAUGUCACACACACAUACCACCGUGAUAUUCAUCGAUUCGAAAAGAUAAGCAACAUUCAAAAGCAAUUUAAGGUGAUCUACAGCGAAACCCAAGUGCAAUUUUAG